AGAGAAAAGUCAGUCUGAUUCUGAACAUUGGUGCGUGUACACGAACCCGCCCAGCUGUACGAUAAAUACGCGCGUAAACACGACUGCGCGAGAAAAAGUUUUAAUAUUUCAAAUUACGAACGUGCUCUUCUUCAUUUAUAAUCAUAAUUAAUUAAUUUCGAUUUUAAAUUAGCGUGAAAACUUUUUAUUUGUGUGGGAACUCUUUUUUUAAAUAUUUAUAACUGGCUGAAAAGUUUCGUGGAUUAUUUUAAUCGAGUCAAAUCUUUUUGGGGGCAAACGUGCAUGCGGCUCACCUGAUGUGAUCGCUGGAACGUCUCCAAAUCCAUCGCUGGAACGUUUUAGACUGAGCUGUAAAAAUAAAGAUGAUAAAAGAAGAACAAUAAUGAUAGCAGUGAUAAACAAACCAAGUAAUGCAGACGUGUACCAACAUUUUUAAGUCAAUUAUCUUUUGUUUCACGCAAUGUUAAUAAUUCCUACAUAAACAUUAUGAGACAAAAUAAUACAGAGGACAAUACAAGAACGAAACAAAUAAAACCGUACAAACAUGAUAGUAGCAAACCUAAUUGGUUUAUGAUGCCCAGUUAAAAACAAUACAAAAUUAUGCCGACCGAACAAUGGUUAACAGAUGAACCAAUAUUCAAUGGUACCUUGACAAUACAAAAUGAACACGAUGCAAAUUCAACAUUCACAGACCCAAUAGAAAAUAAAGCUAUCCAAGCAGCUUUUUGUGUUGCAUACACUAUUAUAUUCGUCGUUGGAAUAUUUGGAAACGCUCUAGUAUGUUACGCAGUAAUCAGGAAUCGAGCAAUGCAAACUGUAACUAAUCUCUUUAUCACGAACCUUGCAUUAUCGGAUAUAUUCUUGUGUGUAUUUGCCGUACCAUUUACUCCUCUUUACACAUUUCUUGGAAGAUGGGUCUUUGGUGGCUUGUUGUGCCAUAUCAUGCCUUAUGCACAAGGUUGUAGCGUUUACAUUUCAACUCUCACACUGACUUCAAUAGCUAUAGAUAGAUUUUUCGUCAUCAUCUAUCCAUUCAAACCACGAAUGAAAAUCAAGACUUGUAUUGGCCUAAUAAUUUUUAUUUGGGUUUUCGCCUUGUCCGUUACUUUUCCUUAUGGAUAUUACAUGGCACUUGAAGAUGCUUACUGCGCUGAAAAAUGGCCUUCUGAUCAUAUACGUAAAGCUUUUGGAGCGGUUACAACUAUAAUGCAAUUUGUUGUUCCUUUUAUUGUAAUGGCAUUUUGCUACACUUGUGUUAGUAUUAAAUUAAACGAUCGAUUGAAAUCUAGACCAGGAAGUAAAAAUAGUAAGAAGGAAGAUGCAGAAAGAGAAAGGAAAAGGAGAACGAAUAGAAUGCUAAUUGCAAUGGUAGCUAUAUUUGGCUUGUCGUGGUUGCCACUGAAUCUAAUAAAUAUCAGUAGUGACUUUUACUCUUUAGCAGAAGACUGGACGUAUUAUAUGGUGUUAUUUUUCCUUGCGCACUUCAUAGCAAUGUCUUCCACUUGCUAUAAUCCAUUUUUAUAUGCAUGGCUCAAUGAGAAUUUCCGCAAAGAGUUCAAACAGAUACUUCCAUGUUUAGGAGCUUUAGUCACAAAGAAAUCUAAAAGGAAAUUUAGCCAGUCAGAAAAAACUGGUGCAUUUCGUUCAGAGAAAACCUGUAACGGUAACGAAACUGUCCAAGAAUCUUUGUUGACGUCAACAAUUAACAAAUUGCCUUCAGUUAGAUAUAGAAUCGAAUUUGACGAAAAAUUAAAGGGACGCGAAGAUGAAGGAGUGGAGAAUAUAAGUCCUGACGAAAAGCCAAUAGACAAUACAAGUCCUGAAGAAGAUCGUAUGAAUAUGUAUAUGUUUGUAGAUAAAUCACUAAUUACUUCCGAUAAGGAGCCGAUUGUAUCUGCAUUGUAAUCCAACAGAUAUCGUUCCCGUAGCAACGAGAAAAUAUUUUUAAAUUUAAAGUUGUAAUUAUACAUUUAGAGAUACAUUGUACCUAUUCGUAAAGAAUUUCGUAAACACAGUUAAUUACAAAAUUUUAGAUUCUUUAUACUUCUGUCCAAAGUCAAUUAACAUAAUAAAGAACACGUAUUUAUACAUACGAAUCGAACAAUAUUUUAUCAUAAGACAAAUCAAAACAUAGAAAUUGAUUCUAUUUUUAAUUUUUUGUUUUUUUUUUUUUUGUCAGUCUUAGUAAAAUAAUUAAGAACCUUUAUCAACCAGCUAAAAAUCAUAUUCAACUGAAAAUAACAAAAAAAUAAACUGUCCUUUGUUGCUUAUAUUCGCAAUGGCUUCCAUAGAAUUUCCACUGCCAGCGUGUGGCAAUUUAAUUUCCGCAAUAUAAUAUACUGAAUGGCAGCCAUGGUUGAUAACAAAAAGAGAAAAUUUAUUAAUUAAUUUGUGUUAUAAAAAGUCGUUAUUUGCCAAUAAGUGUUUUCCUUUUAACAUCAAAAUCAAUCUCGAAGAAAUGAGAAAUUAUAUAUUUAUUUACUUUGUACUUUGUCUUACCACAAAAAAAGUUAAACUUGCAAUAGAAAGGUAUUCAAUACUUGCUUAGACAAUUUACUACAAAAUCAAAAUAAAAGAAGUGUGCUGCUUCUCACGUUAAAAAUAGAAAUAAACAAAUUUCAAUAUAAUAAUAAUCUAUAGAUUUUUUGCAGAUUUAUUUAUAUAUAAACAUAAUUACACUAACUAAGUUCAGCGAUGGACAGCUAAAGACUGACUUGAUGAUAAUGGUGUGAAAGACACUAAACUAAACAAAAUUUAAUCAAUUAUACGAAGUUUUGUUAACCACUAUUUAGAUAAACAGUCUUAUAAAUAUUUUUUGCAAUAAGACCGUAUGUAUUUAAAUAGAUAUAUUUAUAAAUUAGAUACAAGUACCUUAUAGUCGUAACAUAAGCUUCGCUUCAUUUUUAUUAUUAUUAUUAUAUCAGCCGUCAACUGUCCACUGUUGAACAUAGGCCUCCUCCAUAAUGAGAGGUUUUGCCAGUAGCUACCACGAUUGGCAAGCGUAUUGGCAACUACAGUUAGGCUUUGGUCAUGUUUUAAGAGGGACUUACUACGCUACUGCCAUCCCUCGACCAUUAAGUUCCCUUAGUCGCCUCUUACAACAACCACGGGAAAAGAAGAGAUCACCGAUUCUAUGCCGGGACACGGCCAGUUUUUGUUUAGCUUAAUUGGAACUAGAUAGCGUUAUGUGAUAUGUUCAUUGGCAACGAAUUAUUUCACUAAGACUGAACGCUACUUAUACCGUUAAAAUUACUGUUUUACUUAAACUUUUAUUUGUAUAUUUUUAAUCCUUGUAAGUGUAGAUAUAGAAUUAUUUAAUUCUAAUUACCUUCUUUUUGAAAAUAUUACAAUUUAAUUUAUGAAGUUUCAAUCAAAUUAAUCCGAAUUUGUGUAACUAUUUUUUAUAAAGUCCAAUUAGUUCUCGAAAAUUCUUGAAUCUAAAGAAAUAAAUAUAUCUAUUCGAUGUAUAAAAUUUAAUAUUAUAUCAAGACAGUGAUACUUUUCAAUCAAUCAUCAUCAUAUCAAUUUUUGAGUGCCAAUAACAUCGAAUUUUUGAAAUAAUGAUGAUAUUGAAAUAUAAAUAAGUACUGUACAUAAUUAGUAAUAUUAGAUUUAGUACGUUAAACGUAAUUCAUAUAAUAAAAUGUUAUGUAAAUUUAUAAAUGUAAAUAAAUAUUAAUGAAAAAAGUAUUUUCGUCAAUUAUGUAGUUCUUUGAGAACUUUGAGCCCGUUGUCGAAAGUACUUUUUAAAUCUAAACCUUAAGUAGUAUGCAAGAAAUUUAAAUUUGUAUAGUUUAGAUAUGUCAUAACUAUUUUUAUAACUGUAUAAAAAAAUAUCGUGUAUUAUCUACGAAGCGACGCCUUGUAAUUAAUUAAAUGUCAAUGGAGAAAUAUGUGCAAUUUGCUGUAAUUAAAUAUAAAUAAAGUAUACCAAAGAU